AUGUCCACAGCCAUCUGCUGGGGAUCCAUACGUACCAUUCUCAAGGAUUCCUUGAAGAGCUCCCUGCUGCAGCUAGAAUGUCAUUUUACAUGGGGUUUGCUGAAGCAGGAUGUGGAUCUCGAUGACCUAGAAGAAACAAUAGGUUAUCAGAUCGAGGUUUUCAUAGAAUCCAACAUCGCAAAUUAUAAUCUACUAUCUUAUGUAUGCCACCUAAGGGGUUCAAAUGAAGAAGCCCUGACAAAUCUCCAAAAAGCUGAAGAAGAAGUUCAAAAAUAUCAUCCUACUGAAACCGACCGGAGAACUCUUGUUACCUGGGGGAACUAUGCCUGGACCUAUUACCACAUGAAGAGAUAUGAAGAAGCUCAAACUUAUGUAAACAAAGUGGAAAACACCUACAAAAAGCUUUCAAGUACUGCUCAGUGGAAGAUUCAGCUUCCAGAGAUCUACGCUGAGCAAGGAUGGGCAUUAUUAAAGUUUGGGGCAAAAUACUACAAGAAAGCAAAGGAUUGCUUUGAAAUUGCUCUGAAGAAUGACCCUGAUAACCCAAGAUUUAACGCCGGCUAUGCAAUAGCGAUGUAUCGUUUGGAAGAUUUUUCUCACAGACAAUGCGAAGAUAUAAACCCGUCCCUCGAGCCCCUGAAGCGUGCAGUAGAACUGAAUCCAAAGGAUACUUUCAUUAUGGCAUUACUUGCAUUAAAACUUCAGGACUUAAAGCGAGCUGAUGAAGGGAAGAAGUACAUUGAAAAAGCAAUACAGAUAACCCCUGAUCUUCCCUAUGUCCAGCGGUACGCUGCUAAAUUUUACAGAAGGAAAGGAGAAGUGGACAAAGCACUGGAGAUUUUGAAAAAGGCCCUAGCAGUGACACCAAAAUCUGUCUUUUUGCAUCACCAACUAGGAGUCUGCUACAGGUCAAAGCUGUUUCAACUGAAAGACACCACAAGAUACCCACCUCAAGAUCAAGUGGAAGAACUCAUCAGACUUGCCAUUUUUCAUCUUAAAAUAGCAACUGACCAGAAGACAAAAUUUUUUUCUGCCCAUAUGGACCUAGCAAACAUGUAUGCACAAGGAAAGAGGUAUAAAGAAGCAGAAGAAACAUUUCAGAAAGCGCUUCAGAUAAACAUUCUAUUCUAUGAUGAUAAACAAGAAUUCUACCACCAUUACGGCAAUUUUCAGCGUUUUCAUAUGAAAUCGGAAUCUGAAGCCAUUAGGUAUUACCUAGAAGGGCUGAAAAUUGAAAAAGAGUCUUAUGGAAGAAAUAAGUGCAGAAAUGCUCUGAAGAAAUUGUUGGAACAGAGAAUUCAGAGAGGUUUAGGAGGUGCAACAGAUUUUGGUACACUUGGACUCGUUCAUAAUCUAAAUGAUGAGAAAGAUAAAGCAAUUGAGUGCUAUGAGAAAGCCAUUGCACUGUGUCCCAACAAUGAAGAAUAUCUGACUGCAUUAUGUGAGUUACGACUUUCCAUCUGA